CCCCAGGCCUCUGUGGGUAAAUCAUUUGCCCAGCAAGAGGGGCAAGCUGAGACCUGCUCUGAGAGUGGGGUCAGUCUGAGGCCCGGCUGCACCGCAUUAGGUUAGCCGGAUUGUGGGCAGAGCAGAGGGGAUCGCCCCGGGGUGCAGUCAAGCCUACAAGGGACAGGUGGGAAGGCGUCUCUGCAAAGGGCCACUCCGGGCCUGCAGGCCUGGGUGUCAGAGCGUCUUGCAGGGACCUACAGCUGGGCUGAGCGGUGGACGAGGGGGACGGCGAGGCCUAGCAGAGCCGAGCGGAGGCCGACUGGGGGCGGGGACCGAGGGCACCGGGGGCCACAGGGCGGUGCGCUCCCGGGCUCCGCCGCAGGCUGCACGCCCCUCCCGCCCCGGCCCCGGCCCGAGCCGCUGCUGCCGCCGCCGCCGUCGCUGCCGCCGCCAGGCCGCGCCCCGCCCCUCGCCGCCGCCGCUCCCGGGGAGGCUGCGCUCGAGCUGCGGCGCCGGCUGCAGCCGCCUGGGCCCCGGGCCCGGCUCCUCCCGCGCCGCCCGGGCGAUGAGAAGCUGCUUCUGCGUCAGACGGAGCCGGGACCCGCCGCCGCCGCAGCCGCCGCCGCCCCAGCGGGGAACAGACCAAGCCACCAUGCCCGAAGUCAAGGAGCUUUCAGAAGCCUUGCCAGAGACACCGAUGGACCCCAUCACGGGAGUUGGGGUGGUGGCUUCCCGGAACCGAGCACCAACAGGCUACGACGUGGUUGCGCAGACAGCAGAUGGCGUGGAUGCUGAUCUCUGGAAGGACGGCUUAUUCAAGUCCAAGGUUACCAGAUACCUGUGUUUCACAAGAUCAUUUUCUAAAGAAAAUAGUCAUUUGGGGAAUGUGCUGGUGGACAUGAAGCUCAUCGAUGUCAAGGACACAUUGCCUGUGGGCUUCAUCCCCAUCCAAGAGACCGUGGAUACACAGGAGGUGGUCUUUAGGAAGAAGCGGCUCUGCAUUAAGUUUAUCCCCCGGGAUUCAACUGAAGCUGCCAUCUGUGACAUUCGCAUCAUGGGCCGGACCAAGCAGGCACCGCCCCAGUACACGUUUAUCGGGGAACUGAACAGCAUGGGCAUCUGGUACCGAAUGGGCAGAGUGCCAAGAAACCAUGACUCGUCUCAGCCCACCACGCCCUCCCAGUCAUCAGCCUCUUCUACCCCAGCCCCAAACCUUCCCAGGCACAUCUCCCUAACACUACCGGCUACCUUCCGGGGCAGAAACAACACCAGCACAGACUAUGAGUACCAGCUCUCCAAUCUAUAUGCCAUAUCAGGCUUUGGUGAAGCAAAGGCAAGCAGAAGGCCGCAGACCCCACGACAGAGCGUGCCCAUCUGGAUUUGCAGGGGAGCACUAGACACCAGCAGUGAGAGCCCUGAGGAAAAGCAAGGGUUGCCUAGAUACACCUGUCACCUGUGCGGCACGCACGCUCAGAACCCUGUCUGUUUUGCUGAUUCCAGCCUUCAGAGCAUGAUUGUCUGACUUCUGUUUUCACUCUGAUCUGAAGGAAAUUUAAAGUAAAAUAUCUGUGACUUCAACCCAGAAAGCCACACGUGGAAAUAAUUCAAAACCCGAGUGGUUGCAUUUGACAAUACCGAGAUUCUGUCUCCAUCUUCCUUCCACAGUACUUCCAAAAACUUGGGAUCUUUCACAUACACUUUUUCGUAAACUACAAAUGGGUUUUUUAAACGAAAGUUAUGCAAAAGGGGGAAUGAAUAAAUCAGACAUGAUUAAAAAUAUUUGUUCUAAUGCAGUAUAAUUUGGUAGUAAUGUGUUCAUCGGGAUAGCUUACGGCUACAUUAAGUGGACAGACUUUAUAUGGAUUCUCUAAUUUUAAUCUUCAAAAUGCUAUCUAAUGUCUCAUUAAGACUUGCAUAUAAUGUAUCUUAAGUACAGUCAUUAAAUAUAGUUUAGGGAGAUUUAUGUUCAGAUACUGCUUAAAGAUGUUUUAAUAGGCCAUUUACUCUGAUGAUAUUAAUGAGCUCUUAAUCCAGAUGAAGCUUCUCAAACUAGUGGGAAAGACUCCGGCCCGAGUUUGGAGACUGGGGAUUGAUACCUGCUUUGGACAAGUGCCCAGAGCUUAGCCCCGCUGACACUUGGUGACCCCACUUGGCAAGCCUCUUGCCAAGGCCUGGUGUUUGGAAAAAGGUCUUCCCUGUUCUUGCUGUGACUGCUGUCCACGGUGACACACAGGGACAGUCCCUUUGCUCCCCCAAAUCACGUGCAAGACAUGCAGGGGCUAACUUGGCCAAACCUUUCAUCUCCAAGGUCAUUUGCAAGGACCCCAGUGUCACAGGGAGAAUGAGGGUUAAAGAAAGUUGUCGCCACCCUUGUUGUGGGAGCAUCUGCCAGGUGAGGCUGCACAGCCUGGCCUCCUGAGGAACAGCCUCACUCCACUGUGAGCAUGCUGUAAAGGGUCACAUGGCUGUGUUGCCAUCUUUCAGGAGUUCAAUGUGGCUGAAAUAUGCAUAAUAAAGUAGUCCUGCUAAUUCAAAGGUAUAAUGGGAGGACACCCUGUGAGCUGGUGUCACCAAAGCACAGGCAUGGUGAUCCCAGCUCCACCUCUAAAGAUGCCUCGCGAGGCCGGGCAGCACCAGAGCGUAUGCACAGUGGUUCCCAAGCCCCAUUUCAAACGUCUCUGUGUUACCCCGUCUUUCAGAGAAUUAUUGAAAAGUACAGUUUUUGUUUCAAUUAUUUUUUUAAGCAAAAGGGGAGGAAAAGAAUGUGUGAGUUCAGAGACUUUUCUAAUUACUAAAUUGGUUUGUUAAAAAAAGAUAAUAGCAAAUUUCUUCUUUUUGUAAUUGGACAUUUCUUCCCUGUAGGCUAAUUCAGGCACAGCCCGUGCAUACACAAUCGGUUGUACUUCUGAAAAGCCAUAACUAGCUAAUAACGGCUACAGUGUCAUCAGAGAGUAAUGGUGUGCUGAUUAGCAUAAUUAAUGACAAAUGGUGGUGCGGAAUUGGUGGAUUGGUUUAGCGGAUGAUGAAUGCGGCGAGGCCCUGGCUGGGGCCUGCCAACGAGGCCUCGCUGGCUGUCAGCCCUUCUGUUCUCGCCCAGGCAGCUCUCAUUAGUCACGAUGGGAGGUGCCAGUCUGUGUUCUGUUGCAGCACAGAAAACUUAAUAAUCCAAGCAAACGUGAUUCUUUUUUGCCUGUGUAUUUACUCACAAAAUUCUCCACUCCCCUGUUCCCACUGUGGCCAGAACAUAAGUCACUGCUGUUUCUAGGUCUUUCCUGUCGCCUGAACGGGAACAAAAGGAGGACGACAGAGCCACAGUCGUGGCCAGGCAGCACUUGUGUUUAUCUAUAUAUGUAGCGGGAAACCCAGUAAGCUAUACGUUCUGUCCUGAUAGUAGAAGACCGGCGCAUUUAUCUUCGAUGUGAUUAAUUUGCAUUCACAAAUGAGGCUGAUAAAAAAAGGGUUCACCUUUAACCUUUAGAGGGAAAAGCAUUUCUCUGCAAGAUUUCUUGGGAGACCGCUCCUUAACCGAUAAGAAGUAACUCCUUUAUCAAUAAAGAUGAAAAUCCUUCAUUUGCAUUACUGAAUGAGACUAAUUAUUAUAUAGUUAAUUAGCAUCUGGAAAUGAGGAUUAUCUUAAUUACAAAGCACAAUUUCCCUAAUAGCUACAAAACUGUAAGUUUGAUCUGUGUGGAAAUUGGUAACUAUUAUUAUGUAAUUAGUGAUAACAUUAAUAGUACAGAAUAUUUAGACAUAAUUUGCAUAUGCAAAUGCCAUUUACCUGAGCCAAAUAAGUGGACCAUUAAUGAUUAGAGCUUGAUGCAUCCAUACGGAAAGUUCUAGAUCCCUGAAUGGGACCCAUUGUGCUAACUUAGAGGUGGAGUCAAUAAGCACCUUUUAUAUUUAGGCAGUCCACUGGAUUUUGCUGUAACAGGAAUUAAUGGUUGGGUGAUUUCAUAAUGAAGCCACCUGUUCAGUGAACUGGACUCUUGACUUUGAUUUUUCAAUGUCUCCUCUUGAUUCUUAGAAGUGCUUUGCCUACACAUUUAGCAAUUCUGAGUCUGGUAUCUUUCUUACAGCUGAUACAAACACUUAAAAAAAUAGCCAACACACAUGCUUCUGUGUGUGUGUGUGUGUGUGUGUGUGUGUGUGUGUCAGAUUGUUGCAGUGUUUUUCAAAGGUGUGUGCUAUGGGAAUGUGAUUUGAAAGUAGCUACUGUAGACUUUUAAAUCUUUUAUUUCAUCCAUGUAGCACACAAUGGGUGCCAUUAUUCAGAAGAUUAAAAUGGGUGUACCUGUCAGUCUUUGCUGUGGUGCGCUGCAGUAACAAACAGUCCCCCAGCUCAUGUGGCUUGCCAUACUCCACUCCAUGUCUCACUCAGUGACACCUUGGUGGCUGUAAGUUGGCUGGGACCCUGCUUCAUGUACCAUCUUAUUCUGGGACCCAAGCUGAGAGAGCAGCCCCUAGCUGUGGCAGUUUUUACAUCCAGUGGUUCCUGCAUCCUCUCGGGAGGCAGGAUGACACCCCCUCCCCCAGCACAACCAGGUUCUGUGGGGAAGAGGCUCCAUCCUGUCAUGACAAUGUGUGAGGACAGUCCUUCUCUAAGGGAAGAGGGGACACUGCACUUGGAGUGGUAGAGCCACCCACUAGUGUUAGGCAUUCUGAAUUCAAAAAGUGAGUUUCAUGUGUAAGAAAAAUACAAAAUCAGUCACUGAACUGGGGAAAACCAUGAAUCCAGGGUCUGAGACAGUGGUUCCCGGUGUGGAAAGUGUUGACUGACAGGAUCCACAGAGCUUUCCACUGCCCGAUUUUACCUUCAGUACAUCAGGAGCUGGGUUCUGAUGUUAGCUUCUCUGUCACUGUGACAAAUGCCUGAGAGAAACAGUUAUAAGGCUAGAAGGAUUUACUGGGACCUGUAGUGAGUGAGCUCUUCUGCUGUGGACUGGGGUGAGGCAGAGAGAGUGUUAUGGCCGUGGCAGCUUCCACCUCGGUGGCCAGGAAACAAAAAGGAAGAUGGGAAGGGAACAAGGCUGGAAUUCCAAGGCACACCUCCAGGGAGUGACCCACUUCUUCCAAAUAGCGCCUUCAGCACCUGAGACUGUGCCAGACUUCUGGGUAGGUAGGCAGGCAGGCAGGCAGAGGCAGAGCGUCUGGGCUGGUGUUCCUCUGUUCACAGUCUAGAUGGUAAUGUUAGCCAAACUUGAGUCCUUAGGUUCCAGACUGUAGCUGUAGCCCUGUUUCUCCAGGGUUUGUUUUCCUAGCGACAGAUGGAGCUCUUGGACCAGGCAGCUCUCCUGAUAGCUGUCCUCACCCUCACUGCUCGGAGGCCCCGUUGAGAGCAGAGGCAUCAUAGGUGCUGGACUCAGAUGGCUUCGUCAGCCCUGAUGGAGCUGAUGUGUUUGCUGGACAUGAGCUUGGCUUUCACUCCUGUAAGAAGCGAAUGCAGUGGGGCCUAGGGAGAAGGCUCAGCUGUUAAGAGUGCACACUGCUCUUACAGAGGACCAGGUUCAGUUCCCAGCACCUUACAGCUGCCUAUAACUUUGGCUUCAGCAGGACCCACUGCCUCUGGCCUCCUUGGAUCACUGUGCUCAUGUGCACAUACCCACACACCAACAUGCAGAAAUACACAUACUUAAAAAGUGACAAAAUUUUAUCUUUUUUAAAAAAAAAAAAAGAAAACAAAGAACUAAAUAAAAGGCCUUUUUCCAGACACAUGGCUCAUUGAUAGAUUUUUGUUCUUUUUUUUCUCUUUGUUAAAUCAAAACCAGAUGCAAACCAUUUCCUUUCUGAAUUACGAAAGUCCCAUGUUCACUACUAAAAACAAAAGUUGAAAAAAUACAUGAAAGUAUGGGAAGAAAAUAAAUGUCACUCAUAAUCUCUUUGUUCAUAAAACAAUGUUUUAGAGACUAUCCUUUCUUGACUUUUUUUUUUUUUUUGAGGGGAGACUGGACAUUUAUAUGCAAAGGUAAUUGUCCAUUCUGGAUAUUUUUUAAUUUGAUUUAUUGGAGUCCAGUUUUACAUACAAUGCAAUCCAUUACUUUUAUGCGUACAGCUCAGUGGUUCUUGAAGAAUGACGAGAUAUAUGACAGCCCACUUCCAGCAGCAAGAUAUAGAAUAUAUCCAUCACCCCCAAAAUCUCACUUGCAUCUACUCCUAGCCUCUCCCCUCCCUGGUGGACAGUCCCUGGAGAUCUCAUGUCUGCUUUAUGUCAUGCCCACCAUGUGUGUUGCCUGACCUGACCUCAUGGCACCUCCUGUAUUGCAUGUGUAGACAGUUUGAUCCUUUCCGUGGCUAAGUGUCUGCUUGUGAUGACAUCACACAUCUCAUUCCUUGUCAAAGAGUCUGGUCCUUGCCUCUAAGAGGGAUCUCUGGACAUCACUGGUUUGGGCUUCAAGCUUUGCCAGCCCACCUAUAUGCAAAUUAUUUCUUUGGGAUUCGUGAGGAUUUGAGAAACCUCUGCAUAUGACACUCAAGCCCGGAAAACUAUAGAAAGUUAAGAAAAAGUCAGGUGUGUCAUGAAUCCGUAAAAUAUAUGCAGACAAUCGUCUGUUUGAUCGUUGACUACCAUAAAAUGUACACACCUAUUAUAAGAAGUUAUGCAUUCUCAAAACUCACGCAGCCAGGCAUCCACAGAUGGUGCGUGACACCAUUUGCAGUCAGGAGAAAUGUAAACAAGCAUAAAGCUGCCAUGUAAAUCAAAGCUGCAUGAAGGGAACCGGCGUGGCUUCUGAACUGCUCUGAUGGUUUUUCUAAACCCGUCACCUUUGUGGGCAGCUAGAACUCAGACCUGGGUUUGUAUGCCCGUGGGGAGUCAGCGCCUGUACUUUGGCUGUUCUUUUAGGCAAAUAUGAAGGUAAAAUGGUUCUGACCAUUUGUGUGUACAAUGAUAAGCCACCCAGAAUAGCGGCUGAGUUAGUUUACAUUGCUGACAGAUACACAAAAGGGGAUCUGUUUGGGGUCCCCCCUCAAGGCCUCACAACUGGUUGUUAAUGUCUAAAAGCCAUGCCUGUCUGAGAGACAGCAUUGUGGCUUCUUGUUAGUGUGUGUUUCCUGGGUAACUAGUGUGGCCCCUCCCCCCAUUCCCUGCCUGACUGAAAUUCCUGAGGUGGGCAGGGGCUUCUUGAAAAGUCAUUACUGCUUUUUCAGUUUGCAUAUUGUUCUUUGGUUUGGGUUUUCUUUUCUGUCUUGCAUCUUUGCUGCUAUGUGUAGGAAAACCUUUCCUGCCUCCUGGUAAGUCCUGGCACUGUCAUUACUUUUUUUCACACUGAAAUCUAAAAUUCACCUAUAAUUUUCAUUGUAUGAUAGGGAUGAAAAUGCAUUGCUCCUCAGCGUCGUUAUGGCAUGGUAUUUCUGUUUUAGCCAGUGCAUCUGAAAGGCAGUUUUAAAUGACUGUCACAGCUUGCGUGGUAUGUUCUGGGGCCCCCUCCCUGUCCUGUUUCCUUGGAUAUAUAGCCUAAUGGAAAUCACACUUUUGUUUAUUACAAAUGUAUACAUUUAUUUUGAAGAUUUUUAAAAAACAUAUGUGUAUGUGUCUGUAUGUAUGGAUGUGUGUAAAUGCAUGCAGUACCCUUAGCAGUUAGAAGAGGGUGCCAGACACCUCAGGGAAGAAGUUAGAGCUGGUAUCAGCUGCCCCAUGUAGGUCCCCUGCAAGAGCAGGAAAGUGUCUUUAACCACUGAGCUCUCUCCAGCCCAGGAGACAUGUCUUUGAUUUCCUGUCUUGCUGUUUUCCAAAAUGGCCUUAACAGUUCUAGCUCAUUUCUUAAAAUCCAGUUAAAAUGUAGUUACUUGACGUUCUAAGGAACAUACUCUCUGUCUAGAUUUGUUUGAAAACCAUUGAAUUUAAACUUCUGGAAGGAUGGUCACCUUUAAAGAAACAUGACUCUUCCUUCUAUGUGUCAUAGAUCUCUGUAGGUCUUCACUUUGUGUAGAUUGCUUUGCCUGUUAGGCUUUAACUGGUGGUUUCAUACACACACACACACACACACACACACACACACACACAAUUCACACAUACUGCAUACUACACAAUACAUAGUACACACAGCACACACACACUACACACAUGUGUACACCUCUGCACACACAGUGAUUUCCUUUUUAAAUUCAGGCACUAAUUUAAAUUUCAUAUUUUAAAAAGUCAGAGUCUAUUAAAAACAAUAUUGAGGUUUUUUUUCUCAUUUGACUUAUUGAGAUGAAUCGUUUUGCUUUGAUGAUUCUGUUGCAUUUAGAUUCUGUUGUUGUAUUCCGAGGUAAAUCUUGCUUUAGGGGGUGUGAUGUUCUUCAAAUGUACAUUAGCUCUGGGCCCCUGUUGUCUGUUGUGAUGCUAGCAUUUAUGGAAAUGAUUCAGGAUUGAUGCUUAUCAAAAUACCAUUCUGAAUGAAUGGUCAGGGAUGUUUCUUUCAAAUAUGAGAAUACUUCUAAAAUAUUGUAACGUCUGUUCUUUGGGGGUUGGGAAUGGAGAAAGUCUCCCCCCAAGCAUUAGCUGGUCUUAGAAACACGUGAGUCCCGGCCGGAGGGUUUCGAGGGGAGGGACACAAUUUUUAUUUCUUUCACAAUUAUUGGGGUUUUUUAUGCUAUUUUUUCUUAGGUCAGUUUUCUCAUGUAUAUUUUGUAGAGUUAUUUGUGGAGGAAGAGAUGGAGUUACCAGAGUCUUACUGACUAGCCCAGGAUAUCCCCAAAUACUAAGAGUCUAUACCACGCAUCUAGAUGUUACUUUACAAAGGUGCUGCUCCACCUUAGUCAGGUGUCUCAGAGGGGGAAUCUAGGUAAUGUAGCCACUUGCUCCCUCUCCUGCCAGCUGCCCAUGUGCUUCUCAACCUCAACAGGGCUCUCCUGGGCCCAGUAAGUCUCUAGAGUCUCUGCUCAUGGGUAACUGUGUGUCAUGGAGCUGGCUUCUGUCCUCCUGGUUGGCCUUCCAGUAGAGAAGCAAGAGACUUGUGCCUGUUUACGGAACUAAGCCACCUUCAUGCGUGGACUCCCUUAUCCCUUCUGUCAUCCCCAUCUUGCAAAUGAGGAAAUGAGAUUCAGAGAGGUUGGUGACUUCUCCAAGGUCACACAGCAAAUCAAGAUGAUGUCCUCCACUUAUUGUGCCUCCUUGAGAAUGCCUUUCUUUCCCUGCUAGUGUGUCCCAUGAGGCACAUGCCCAGCUCCUGCAAGCUUUGUGUGCCCAGCACCUGAGUGGUCAGAGAGCUCUGCUACAUUCAUGUAACCCUCUAGACAACAGCCUGGAACGAUGACAGGCACUUCUGUCCCUGCAGGAGCUGGUUAACUCUGCUGCCUCCCGUGGGGGUCAGCCUGCAGCCUGUCCGUCCAUCAUGUCAGCCAACAUGGCUGGCGUCACUCUCCCUGUGAGAGUUGUUUGCAGGACUGUGCUUUACAUGAGAUGGAGCAGGCGCGGAUUAUUUCUUUCCUAUUCUGGAAAUAAAUGCUAACAAUAGUAGCUGCAUGUCCUGGUGUUUGGACUGCUAGCCUGUCCCCAGUGUCACACUCAUCCCUGCUUCAUCACACAGCAAUGCUGAGACAGGGACAUCAUUAAUCCCAGUCUGUGAUGUGCAAGCUAAGGCUCAGAGUCUGGCUCACUUCCACGUGGUCACACAGCUUUCCAUGCCAACCCAGUGGCUACUAACUACACUCCGUUGCCUGGUGUGUACAUAGGCAGGCACAUGGACAUAUGCAGGCAGGCACAUGUAUGUAUGGGCGCACACACACAAUUUUCCCGUUAACUAAUUGGAAAGGUGUAGUUGCUGUGUUGAUUUAGAUGAUCGGCCACUGUGCUAAAUCUAGAGGCUCUGUUAUCCAUGGGCUACUGCUGGAUCCUGGGACAUAAAAAACAAACGUUACAAUGCCCUGGGGCCCCUGUCCCUGCUUUAGCUUGCGCAGUGUUUGGCUCCAGGCACAGCAGGGCUAUGGCAACCCAGAUUGGCCUAGGAGCACAGAGCUCUCUUCCAGUCAAAGUUCUGUGGUCAAAACCUGGGCCACAGGGCCUGGAAAUCAGCUGUCCUAGUGGAAAGAACACGGCAGGGGCCCAGCUUCUGCUCCCAGCUAAGUGUUCCACAGCCAAAAUAGCCAUCUUUGAUCUCACUGACAGGUGGCAUGGGGUAAUCUGAGGGUCUGGGGGUGUUUGAGACUGAAUGUGGAGUCUCAGGAAGGAAGUUCAAGGAGAAUUGCUAACUGCUGUGAGAAAUAAAAGACCUGUGAAAGGCUUGACUGCUUCCGUCAUUCUGGAACUAAGCCCUGCCUGGGAACAGGUGGCCUGCUCAGAGCUGUAGAGUGCAGGCCCAGAGCAGUGGCCUGCGUGCCACCGCAGACAAGCCACUGUCCAGGAAGCUUCUGUCAACCCUAUCAAAUAGAAGAGAAAUGGCCCCCAAGCCGUCUGUCUCCUCAUCCUGACCAGUUAGGUGCACACUGAGGUGCUGGAAGAGACAGACGCUCCCCUUUGCUGGGUCCAGGAUGCUUUGCUGAGCAUUGUCUCCCACCUCUGCCGUAUCGCCCUCAGAAAUGGCCCUCUUCCAUGAGCACCUGGGCUGCCGUACACUCGUCACAGCCCUGGCCAAUCCUGCUGAAAGAAUUGAUUUGGCCAGAGAGGCUUCAGGGGGUAGCGUGGAGCCAGGGCAUGGCACAGGUAGAAAGGGAUCCCAGGAGCCUGGAAGUGCUGGUCACCAGUGCCCUGCCCCUGUUCCAAAGUUUGGAGUUUGGGUGUGGUGUGGUGUGCUGUGGUGUGCUGUGGUGUGCUGUGGUGUGGUGUGGUUCUGGGGUGAGGGGGCAUGUUUGUUUUUGAGACAGGGUCUUUCUAUGUAGCCCUAUCAGGCCUGGAACAAACUAGGUAGACCAAGCUGCCCUAGAACUCACAGAGAUCCUCCUGCCUCUACCUCCCAGUCCUAGCUAAAGUUUGGAGUUUCAUUUUUACUUCUGAAAUUAGAAAUUUCACAGAUGAUUCUGCCUGCCCACUUGAACUGUGGAGAAGUUGAUGUGCCCAAGCCCUGCCUUCUGCCCUGAGGAGGAGGUGUUGACCACAUGCUCGACCUAUGCUCACCUGCUAGGCUCGUCUCAGAACCACUGCCCUCACAUGCACGUAUGCAUAAGUACACAUGCUACAUGCCUGUAGCCCUACUGUGUGCAUUGUCCCAGCCCAGGAAAGGCUCUCAAGCCCCAAUAGGACAGAGCAGAGGGAAAAAGGAAACGGGGUACAUAAAACAAUCAGGAGGGCCUGGCAGGGGCAGGCUGAGAGGCCCCACACCCACCAUGCCCCUGCAGGGGCAGGUUGAGAGACCCCACACCCCACCGUGCCCCUGCAGGGGCAGGUUGAGAGACCCCACACCCCACCGUGCCCCUGCAAGGGUAGGCUGAGAGACCCCACACCCACCGUGCCCCUGCAAGGGCAGGCUGAGAGACCCACACCCACCGUGCCCCUGCAGGACAGGCUGAGAGACCCCACACCCCACCGUGCCCAUGCGUUUCACAGAGCUUUGGCCUAACUUUCCAGACCGAGAAACAGCCUUUCUGCUUCCAUUUUCAGACUUCAAAGAUCACUCUGGAAAUAAAGUUUCGUUGCUUUUUUUUUUUUUUUCCCAGUGAGAUUCCAAAGGUUUUACACACAUAUGAGGGCAGAGUUUGCCUGGAGGCUGCCUCCCAUGAAGCCAAUGCCAGCCCAUGCUCAGGCUGUGCCAGGCGCCCACUAGCGUGGCGGUCCUCAGCACCUCUUGCUAAUUUUCGGGUGCUAAUUUUCAUUCAGCUAGGAAUUAAUGCAGCAAGAGGGCCUUUUUUUCUUUUUUUUCCUGGAAGGAACCGUUCCUGUCUUGGCACUGUUCACAGCUAUUCGGCCAUCCCGGUGAAUCUAUCUAAAGAGUGGGUGCCACAGUGGCCCAGAGAACAGAAGGGUUUCUAGUCUUGACCACAGGAGACAUCCACUAAGAGUAAGGGCAAGGGCUGGAGAGAUGGCUCGGGAGUUACCAAUGCUUGCUGAUCUUGGGAGUUCUGGGGUUCAGUUCCUAACACCCGGUCAGAUGACUCAGAACCCACCAGUCACUCCAGUGCAAGAGUAAGGGAAACCUUGGGGUGGGGUAUGGGCCUUGUUUCAACCCCACACAGCAUCCUGAAUCCCAAAUACUGCUUGUAGUUGACUACAAAGUGUAAAAGGUCAUCUCAAACAGCAAGUAUUUUGUAGGAUAUGUCUCUAAAAUGUCCCCAGAUUGCCAUAUUAAAAAAAAAAAAAAAAAAAAACCUCUGUAGUCCACAUGUCCCUCACAAAACUCAGCAAUGCAGGAACAAGUGAGACAUUGGUGAACUUGAGAAUGAAUGAUUCAGUAAGUAAAAGAUGACGUCAUUUAUCAAGUUAUUUAAAUAAAUUUUCGCUGAAAUGAAUUCCUCGAGAGGUGACAUCAUUGUUAAUAAUUUUAACGGUAAGAUUUCUUUACAUAAAAACGAAUUGACUUUUUUUAACAAGCUGACAGUAUACUUGGCUGGGGCUUUUACUAACUUAGCCCCCCCACCCUCCACUUCCUGUCUAGAGUGUUCAAAGUGUAGGCUGGGUGGACAAGCCUGCUGGGAGCCAGGUGGGAAAGAAAUCGUCAUACUGUGGCCAUCGUGAGCUUGGAAGCAAAGGCACAAGGCCCAUGUAGCCACAGCCAGUCACCUCCAAGGACAGGAAGUGCUCCUCCAAUGGCAGACUCUGCCAUGGCCUGCACCACCUCUGAGAAUGUCCUCUGUGCCAUCCGUCCUCUGUCCUCUGACAUCUUCAUACCACAAGCUCCUGUCCCUCACAGAAGUCUCCCUGACUCACCCCUUACAAGGGAGCCCAGUGUGCUCCAGACAGCAGUCCAGUCUCCCCUCACCUCAGACCCCAUUUAUCACACGUCCACCCAAGGCCCUCCUUGUUCUUAGGCCCUGGAGAUCCCCUCACCUCAUCAGUAGCAUUAGCUAUUGGCCCUUUGAUAUUCAUUCUCUCUCUCUCUCUCUCUCUCUCUCUCUCUCUCUCUCUCUGUGUGUGUGUGUGUGUGUGUGUGUGUGUGUGUGUGUGUGUAUGAGUGUGUGUAUACAUAUAGGUACGUGUGCACACAGUCCUGUGUGGAUGCAGGUGUAUACAUGCUAUGGUAUAUGUGGAGGUCAGAGGGCAACCACAAGUAUUAGUCCUCGCCUUCCUUAUCUUGAAUCAGGGUCUCUUUGUUGCUUUCCCACUGAGUACCCCAGGAUAGCUGGCCGUUGAGCCUCUGAAGUGUCUCCUGUCUCCAACUCCCUAUAGGCUUCUACAUGGGCUCUGAGGCAGAAUGUCAGGAAGGCUCACUCACUAGCCAAUGAGCACCCUCUGUGCAGAAUCCCAGUGCACCUUUGUAGACUGACAAAUUCAUUCAUCUUUCCACCCUCUGGAUUGCCACCAGUAGGAUGUUCUACCAUGGCUGUUAGCAUCUCAGAUCCAAACAAGAGCUGUGCGUUUAAUGUAAGGACACAGCAUCCUGUCCUUCUGUCUGUCCUACAUUGUGUUCUGCUCAUACGACUGAGACCUCAAGCAACCAUGGAAGCACCUGUCCCACGCCUCUCUUCCCAGAAGAGCUGUGUGUGGAUGGAGUGGCCUGUCUCCUGUCACCUGUGCUUUCCUCAGCGCUGAACACAAACCACAGCUUGGUGCUUGUCCAGCAGCCUUCAUGGAAUCAAACUGAGAGCUGCCAUCACAGGCUAGCCCAUUCUCCACCAGGACUCACACAGUCAGGACAAGCAGAACCUGUGCUUCCCACGGGUGUCUGUCAAGAAACAGUUUGGGGACAGUUCAUAAGAAAGAUGGAACAGAAGGUGAAUGGCUGUUGUCCCAUAUCCCUGAGCCCCAAGCCUGGCUCCCUCUCCAAGCCAGAGCCUUGAUACUGCACUCCGGAGUCCCUGCCAAGCCUAAGCUGAGAGAAUUUUUCCACUGGCCCAGUAAAUGGUUAUGUAGCCAUCAGGAGAUCCACAUUCUGCACCUGGUUCUCUUAAUAUCUACUGGGUGCAUGAAGCAACUUCAUAAACCCCUCCAUGGUAGAUGUCAUUAUGGCAAAGCUGGGACAGGGAGGGUUGGUUUCACCAGAGCCCAGGGGAGAGGCUAGGACCGGCAGAAUCCUGCCGGCUCUGAAUCCCUGAGAGAAUCCAGAGGUGCCAGGUGUGCAAUGUCUGGGACAUCCUGAUUCUGUCCAGUCCUGGCUCUGGGGGUGUCGCCUCCUCUUUGAUUGACACCAUCUUCUGCCUUUUAAGAAAGUGUGUUGCAGCACAGCCCCACUUCCCACUGGGGCUUCCAUGUUUUCCCUUAGAGUCUUGCUUGACCCACUAAGCAGUCGGUCACCCUUGGCUUCUGAGGGCUCUCUCGAUGAGGGGUCACCUGCGUGGAACCUUCUAAGCCAGGAGACUGUACAGAAAUACAUUCUUUUGCUUUGUUCUGACCAAAAAGCCUCUUUAAAAAACAUCAGGGAAGGUUUCCCCAUGGCUGCAAAUGAUUUCCCACAGAAGCACAGAGAGGAAACAGGGCUCCAGUCCCCAGUGGAAGUGUCACAUUCCUUAGCCCCAGACUACGAAGAGCUCACUUUGAAUUAUACAGAGAAGGAGGGGGGAACCAAAAAUAAAACCCCGUCUGGAUUCCAGAAGAGUCAUUCACAAGGUGUCUGCAUUUAUUAAUCUCUUUCCCCCUACUGGGGAAAGUAAUAAACCAUAGAAACCCCUGGCAUUAAAACCACAGUGCGCAAGUGCAGACCUAGGGUUAAAACCACAGUGCGCAAGUGCAGACCUGGGUCCUUUCUGGGGUCUUUUCAUGCUGCAAACUUCAGAGGCCCAGACCAACCCCGAGAGGUCUGCAGCCCUGAGGAUGCCUGUGCAACAGAAGAUGGGUCAUCUGUUAGUACUGGCUGUCUCUCUAGACAUCUUGCCUUGUAUUUGUCAAGGGUGUUCAGAGCCUGACUGAUCCUAUCUCCUCACUAAGCGCUGUGUCUGGUUACAAAGGCCACAGAUUACCCAGCUGUCAGUGGUGACCCAUCCUCACCAGGUAACAGGGCCUGUGUGUGCAGAGGCACUUCAAGGACCCGCCGCCACUGCGAGGCCUGGUGCAGGCACACCUGGAGGCUUCCGUGAAGUCUGAGGUUCAGGGCUGAGGGUUGCAUGUUUAAUGAGCAUCCAAGGGGCUAUGACUUCUGACACACUUCAGAAGGAACCAUGUUUCU